UGUACGUACACACGAAACAUGUGAAAUCGAAAGUAUAAACCUCGAGAGUUUUUGUAUUCAGAGCCGGUGCCCGAGGAGAAAGUCGCGGUGACAUACGCGGAGUGAGAGGUCGCGAGGAUGCAGCGUGUGCGUACAUCGCUUGUCAAGGGAGACGCGCGCGAGUGUAUAUAGGUGACUGAUUCGUGCUUAUCGUGUAUAUAAUAUACGUAUAUAUAGUCCCGAUAUCCGAGAGGGAAAAGAGAUCAUGAUGUCGGAGGUGGAGGCGAGGGCUACGGACGUGGAUCCUCUGACGCGGGUUCUCGACGAGCUCGGCGACGGCUCGAGCCUCGUUUGGAUCAUAUUCCUCUUCACCAUGUUCCCGACCAUAUUCGCCGGCAUGCACUCCAACACCUACAUUUUCAUCGCCGAGAACCCAACGCACUGGUGCGCGGUGCCCGAGCUGACCUCGGCAAACUGGACGUCCGAGCAGAUCCGCGAAGUAUCGUCGGCCGGCGCGUGUGCCAAGUACGACUACAACUACUCGCUGCUGGCCGAAAUCGGUUUCGCGGAAUCCCGGAGGUACGUCGCCCAACGCAUCAAGGACGCGACGACCCUCGACUGCACGGGGCACAAUUACGCGGACGACACCGAUCGUACCUCCAUGGUCCAGGAGUGGGACCUCGUGUGCAAGGACGCGCCGAAGCGGGCGACGACGCACAUGGCCCUGUCACUGGGUAAGCUGUUGGGCGCCGGUUUUUUGGGGGUGAGCGCCGACAAGUACGGCAGACGCUCCAUCUACGUCCUCGGCAUCUUCAUGUUCAUCGUCGCUGGACCCGCGAGCGCCUACGUGCCCUGGUACUGGGGCUUUGUUUGUCUGCGCCUCCUCACCGGCGUCAGCUUCUCGGCCAUUCAAUUUUCCUCGCUCACCACCCUGACAGAAGUGGCGGGCAACACGCACAGGCAGUGGAUGGCCGUGGCCUUCAAUUGCGGCUUCGCUAGCGGUCCGAUUAUCGUGGCCGGGGUAGCCUACCUGUCGUGGACCUGGAGACAGAUACAAGUCGCCACCUCGCUGCCGGCCCUCGUGCUCCUUUUGUUCGCGUGGUUGAUGCCGGAGUCCCCUCGUUGGUUGAUAGCCCAGGGCCGGCGAAAGGAAGCCCGGCGGGUUCUCGAGAGGUUCAACGGCCCGAUCAAGGACGACUACGAGCUGCCUAGGACUACUGGGACGGGUGUCACCGGGAAAACGGUCGACGGUGCCGAGGAAAAAAAGGGCCUGAGCCUCUGGUCGGAUCAGAUGCGCGGCUUGAAGGUUAUAUUCGGUUGCGCCGAGUUGCGCCUACGCAUGUUCAUAACCUGUUUCACGUGGCUCACGGCUUCCCUCACGUACUACGCCCUGGCUCUGAACGUCGAUAACAUAGCGGUGGACUAUUACCUGUUCGCGGUAUUGCAGGGCGUAACCGAGAUACCGGCUUAUCUGGUGCCGACGCCGAUAUUGAUAGUGAUGGGCCGUAGACAGGCAAGCUCGAUGCUCUUCGUUCUCUCGGGGGCCCUGCUCAUGGCCAUACUCAGCAUAUCGCGAUCCAACACCGCGGUCAUCGUGGCUGCCACUCUCGUCAGCAGGUUUGCUCUGUCCGCCGCCUACGGGGUCAUCAUACUCUACACGUCGGAAUUUUUUCCAACGGUGUCAAGAAACUCGGCGUUGGGAGUGAGCUCGGCGAUGGCGCACGUGGGCAGUAUCGUCGCGCCGUACAGCGUCGUUAGUUUGGGUAACGUGGUCUGGUGGGGUCCGAGUACGUUCUGCGGCAUACUGGUCCUGGGCGCGGGUGUGGCGUGUCGUGCUCUGCCGGAGACUCGUAAUCGGCCCCUCGCCGAUACCGUCCAAGAGGAGCUGGCCGAGGGUCGUGGUAGCGUUUCCUUGGGUUGCAAGUGCUCGAGAUAGACAAUUUUUUUCUUUUUUUUUUCUUUUUCUUCUCACUCUGGAGAACAAUUAUUGUUGUCUCUCAAACUUGUUCACAUUGUACGACUGUACAUGGAAAAUCUGUAAGAUAUUUCUAAAGCACUGUAAUUUAAUUUUCGUUGUAAGCACGUAUAGUGUCUCAAAUUCACCUCUUAUAUAUGAAUUUUAUGGUAUAUAUAUUUUGUACACAGUAUUAAGAAAUACGUGCGUGUAUGUGUGUACAAGUUUGUGUUCUGUAACUAUAUAUUUAACUAACGUGUAAACACACGCAAAAAUAUAGAGAAUUGAACAUUAUUAAUAAGUACUGAAUACGUGCCUA